UUUACUGGGAGUGUUUCUGCCCUGUCUUCCUUGUCACAGUUGUGUAAAUCUUUCACUUCCCUUUAUUGGAAGCUGAAUCUUGUCAGGAAAUGUGUCAAGAAACUCAGUGUGGCUGAGAGCAUGAGCCAUGUCUGAGAAAUGACACAGAACUUAAAUGAAAUGUAACCUGUCCAGUUCCAUAGACGAGAGACCAUGGAAGUGGCAGGUUGGGUCUGUUCUCUGGCUUCACUGCUGUCUCUGAUGUUCACGGUGACACACAGCCACAGGGAGAAGAUAGAUACAUUCCGUGUGAGUGCUGGCCAUCUCUUUCUGCUGAAGUGCCUCAUUGGUGCUGCUCACACCAACGUGACCUGGAGUAGAGGGGGGAAGCACAACCAGAGCCUGCCUGCUGGAGUGGAAGUCAGGGACGGGUUACUGUGGUUUCUGCCUUUGCAGAUGUCUCAUAAUGGAACCUACAACUGUGAGAUAAGGACAGAAGAUAAAUUAUUGAGAAUGGAGUUAGGGGUGUCAGUGUCGAGUGGAGAGUGUCCUGAUCCAGCUGAUACGAAACCCAUCACCCAGGGAGUCAGCAGAGGUGUUUCUUGUCAACAGAACGAGAUCAUCAGACUGAAUAAGACACAGAACAUACGAUGGCUGAAGGACUGCCAGCCUGUGAAACGACAAGGGGAGCCCAUCUCUGUGGAAGUGGACGGCACCAUGAGGCUGCCUAGGGCCUCAGAGAGGGAUUCUGGGAAAUACACCUGCCUGGUAGAUGUCUACUUGGACGGCAGGAGCUACACCUCCGCACGCAGCAUCCAGUUGAAUAUUGACAACGAUCCAAGAGUUUCGGCAUGCCCUGAGGUGGUGUACCCUCAGGAGACAGUGAACAUGGUUGAAGUGGGUGCGAGAGUGGACCUGAAAUGUGUGGCCUACAUAGGCGUCACUGAGGAAGAUGACACCUCCGUAUACUGGACUGUUGACGGGGACUUCACUGAGGACCAUGAGGAGCUUGAUGUGUCCCAGGAAUAUAAUAAAGUCAGAGGCAGGGUGUACAUUCUGUCCACUCUGUCCAUCUCUAAAGUUCCUCGUAAGUUCCUGAAUGUUCCCAUUCGCUGCCAUGUCAAGAGCCCAGUUGGAGAGAAAGAUGGUGUGGUGUGGCUUCAAGAAGCUGACCACAGUGCCCUCUACACCAAUGUGGCUGUUUGCCUUGCUGCCACCUUGACUCUUCUGGCCUUGGCUGCUGCCCUCCUCUUUUUUAAAGUAAAUUUGGUGCUGGCUUCCAGGGAAGUGAUGAGACAUUUUUCCAAGUCUCCAGAUGGGAAGCUGUAUGACGCCUUUGUGAGCUAUCUCCAUCCCGACACCUUGAGUUCAGCCGAGAGCUUUGCCCUGCAGAUCCUGCCUGAGAAGCUGGAAAAACAACAUGGCUACUCCCUGUACAUCAGAGGACGGGAUGACUGCCCUGGAGAAGCAAUGCAUGAUCUCAUUGCGUCUACCGUGCAGAGAUGCCGCAGACUUAUAAUCAUCUUGUCAGCCGAGGCAAAAUCCUCUACUGAUGGCAAAACAGAGGAGGCAUGUCCCAUACAUAAUGACCAAAACCAGCUGUGCUAUGAGCAGAAAGUUGGCCUUCAUGACGCUUUGACUCAGAACGAACCACGAGUGAUUCUCGUGGAAAUAGAUGGUCCGGUGGAUUACAGUCACCUACCAGAGUCUUUGCACUUUAUAAAGAGGAAACAAGGAGCUCUGAAGUGGAAGACAACCUCUCUUGGAACCCACAAACUCAACUCAAACAGACACUUCUGGAAGAAUCUGAGGUACCACAUGCCUUCAGUGCCUGCAGGGACUCAUCAGACUGUUGUAUAAACCAAGUUAAAAACUGAUUGAUACUGAUCGGACCCAGCAUGGAUGCUUGGUUGUCAGGAAACAAAUGUGCUUGUUUCUUGGAAGCACCUCUAUUCUCAACACAUGGAAACGAGACCUCAACUUCUUUGGCCCUGACAUUGAAGGACCACCUACUCAACUGACGUCCUCUAUUUUUCGGCAGAUUAGACACAGGACCCUCUGUCCAAGGCUGUUCAACUUGUUUGAUAACAGUCAGGAUAAACAACCUAACCAGUUUCCCUCUUCAAAUCGACAGUUAGAAUAGAAAUUUAACCAUUAAUUUUUCGCUUGUCUGUCUAAAAAAAUAUUUCAGAAGCUAAACGUAGCUGGAUAGUUUGCUCUGUCCUGUCAAAUUGAUGACGACAGUUUUUAGUUUUGCUGCGCUGCUAAACAUAAUGAGCUCAGGAUUUAUCAGGAUGA